CUAUUUCCAUUCGCCUGUCGAAUUGCAAUCAAUCCAGUAGUCAGUUCCCUGUCGCAGCGCAAAACAACACACAAAGUCCACAUGCCUACCAGCAUGAGCAGCUCGCUGGAUGCCCAAUCGCGUCCGUACAUCCCGGCGGAUCCACUUAGUCCACCCCGUUUAGCGGAACGGGUCCUGAUUGUACUGCAGGCACUAUUCGAUUUGUCGAUAGUUUUCCUCCGCAGCAUCCCACUUUGGAUCGAAGUGAUCGUGGAAACAUUUUCACCGCCUCCUCCGAAGAACAUCAGUGGCCAGACUGCUUUGGUGACCGGAGGAGCCAACGGCAUCGGGAAGGCCAUCGCUACGGAACUGGCCAAGGAAGGAUGCAACGUCGUCAUCGUUGAUCUGGAUUUAACCAACGGGGAGAAGACUGCCCUCGAGCUGAGACGGUACAACGUGACGACGGUUUCGUAUAAGUUUGAUGUCGCCGAGUACGAACAGGUCCGUCACCUUAUCCGAUCAGUUGAGCAGGAUAUUGGUCCGGUCGAUAUUCUGGUGAACAAUGCAGGUAUUCUACCUUUUCUAUCGACGGAGGAGAAUCAUCCUUCCGGGAUCAAACGAAUGAUGGAUGUUAACGUCCUAGCCGGAUUUUGGACUGUGGAGCAAUUCCUACCGAGCAUGAUUCGACGCCGCAAAGGUCAUAUUGUGGCAAUUGCUUCCGCUUCCGCUUACACCCCGGUCGGAUGGAUGAAAACCUACGUUACGUCUAAGUAUGCCGUGCGGGGCUAUAUGGAAGCGUUGGACGAAGAGUUGUACCUGAAGGGCCAAUCAGAUUUGAUCAAGACAACCACGGUGUUUCCUUUCAUCAUCAACACCCGAAAGCAAUUGAUGGAACGAAUGGGUCGAAUGCCUGGAGUCGCAUCGAUGCCAAAGUUUUCCACCGAGGAGACUGCCCGCGCAGUUGUGAAUGCUAUCAAAACCAACAAACGGAAGGUGGUCGUGCCGGAGAGGGUCAAGGCCUGGCAGUUGAGUUUUUACGAGCACAUCCCCAUUAAAAUUCGUCGGAUGAUGGAUUCAACAGUCUUGAAAGGGAGACCAGUUGUGCUAGAUUAGUGUUUUUUUUAUUUUUCUGUUAAUAUUAAAUGUUGAUAGUGUAUCUUGGUAAUUUUCGAUGUUUGCGAACA